UAGUGUCAAGUGACUCAUUCAGUGAUGUUAUUUAUACAGAUUUUCCUGUGACUACAUGCAUCCAUGUUCUGACGAUUCACUACAGUAUCCUGAAUCUCCCGAUGGCGUCAUCAAUGAACCAUCUACAAUGAUAUAGGAGAGCUCCACGCCGCGGCGAUGUACAAGACAGUCCGCCAAGGAGAGAAUUCCCUCCAAUACCACAUCCUACCGCAGGAUGACGUCAGUGGUCACGUGAUGAAGCGCAGGCGCUCCACGCGGCACCGGACGGCGUUUAUCCUGGUGCUGACGCUGAUCCUAGGGUGCGCCAUCGUCGCAGCAGCGGUGCUGAUACCUGUGUUGAUGUCCUCCAACGUAGUGACUCUCCCGGCCAGGUUUCAGACAUUCGCUGUAGCGGCUUCCAGCGUCAAUGUUAGGCCUCAUGGGAAGUACACGCUGCAGGGUACGCAGUACAUAGCGCUGCUGCCGGUCAGGGACUCGGCGGGGCAUUUUAACGCAUAUCAGGUGAAACCGUCAUUAUUCACUACUUCGACGACGACGACGACGUCGACGACUACAGUAGCUCCCACAGUGUCGACUCCUGGUGAAACCCUUGGUGUCAGAACUGUGAACAACGACCCUUACAGACAUGAGGGCGUGACUGUGGUGAAGCGAGGUGAACUCCAGAGGCCAAGAUGGUUGCCGGAUCCUUACCUCCCUUGGACGGAUCAUAAGGGUGGUACCUUGGUGCUGAGUUUAAGCGUCGCUUCGAUAAUGCUACUAUGUGCUGCAGUGUUGGGGCUGUGCCUUUACCUACGUCGUAGAACUGUUAAUUCAAGGAGAUACCCCGAGAGGGACGCAGGCUCGGGGACGUUACUGGUGGAGGUGUCAGGGGAUGAAGACUGAACGAGUGGAAAAACAUUAAACUGAAGAAUCUCAACCGCAAAUUGCGAACAUGUGACCACCAAAAAGUAACCACUGAAGCUGACCAAGUGAAGAUUUACAAACAAAGGAAUUACCUUAAUGACGGAAUUGUUAACAGUUCUUUGAGGGAAUGGCCGACAUCCGUUCUCUAGUUGUGUAUAUUGUUUGUUCAGUUGUAAAGACUGAUUCUGUUUUUGUAUGGUUAAAUAUCAAAAUGAGAUGUGGAUAAAUGUAAAGUUUUAAUUUCUCCCUAAUUUUGAAGGUAAAAUAUGGCAAGGUUUGUAAAAGUUGGGAAAAGUGAUAGACAUUAGAUAGUUAUAAGUUUUCAUUUUUCAUUAUUUACAUUUGGCUAAUUGACAAAUUAUAGUAAGACUGAAAUCAUUGAAGUGUUUUAGAGACCUUUUACACUUUAUUUUACAAUGGUUUAAUCUAUUGAAUAGUACACAAAAGAAAGGACUAAUGCUUAUAACGUUGAUAAUUUUGUUUUAAAAUACUUCAACUUUAAUAAGUAUAAUUUACACAAAGUAAUAAACUAUAAAACCCAUUACCGUUUUGAUAUUUAUGACUAUCCAUUACUAAUCUGUAUACUAAACAAAUGUUUUGGUAUCCAUAGAAUUUUUGUACUGAUGUUAAAACAAAUAUUAUAAUUUGGUCUUAUUUGUUUAAGUAAACAUUGUAUUGGUGAAUCCCGAUUUGCUUGAUUUAAUGUUACCGCACAGUAUAAUAAUUUACCAUUAAAGAUUUUCAUUGAAACAAAUUAACUUGUAUUCAAAGUGAGUUUAGUGUUUUCUAUGACAAGUUUUCCUCGAUGGAUAAAUCAGGCGUAUAAUAACUCAAUAACUUAGUGUAAUCGAUUUAAUUCUGUUACUGUUUUAACCAUGUUCCUCCCAAUAUAUGUGAUUCGGCCGCUGUCUAUUUAGUAUGGUUCUGAUUAAGGAUGUCUCCAUUUUCCCAAACUAAAAGUAUUUUCGAGAGAAAAUUUUAAAAUAUAAUUAUUUUGUAUUAGUGUAUAAUCAGUAUCAAAUGUUGUUUACUGUCUAUGUAUAUUUA